AUGGGCAUGUCCGCAGAAGCCAGCAUUGAGAAGGCCUCCUCUCUCGGGGAGGCCACCGAGAAGCGUGACGAAGUUGCCUCGUCGGAAUAUCAAGAGUACACUGACCUUCUGGCCAAGUUCGACGAUACUCGCGUCAAAUCGCUUCUUCGUCGAGUCGACAUACGCUUGAUGCCGCCUCUUGCUAUUUUGUAUCUUAUUGCCUUCGUCGAUAGAUCCAACAUCGGAAAUGCGAGACUCCAGGGCUUGGAGAGGGACCUUCAGCUUAGCACUCAGCAGUUUGCUUGGUGCUUGACGAUCUUCUUCUUUCCUUAUGCUCUAUUCGAAGUUCCGAGCAAUGUUAUGCUCAAGCUGCUAAAACCAUCCGUCUGGUUGACACUUAUCGUCACCUCAUGGGGUGUUGUCAUGACUGUGAUGGGGCUUUGCCAAAACUAUUCCGCCUUGCUGGCGUGCCGUUUCUUCUUAGGAGUCUUCGAGGCUGGUCUCUUCCCCGGUUGUGCAUUCAUCACCACUGCUUGGUACAAGAGAUUCGAAGUUCAGUAUCGUGUUGCUUUAUUCUACACUGCAGCAUCCCUUUCGGGUGCUUUUUCCGGGUUGCUUGCCUUUGCAAUCGGCAAGAUGGACGGUGUCCGCGGCUAUAGUGGCUGGAGAUGGCUUUUUAUUCUUGAAGGCCUUGCCACGGUGGUUAUUUCCACCAUCUGCUACUUCCUGAUUCCCGAUUCACCAGGCUCCGCAAAGUGGCUUUCACCAGAUGAAGCACGAUUCUUAGAGCUUCGGCUACAGUUCGAUGGAAACGACAAAGGCUCAAAGGAAGGGGGUUUCCAGUGGAAGUAUGUCAUCCAGGGUUUCACUGAUAGCAAGGUUUACUUGGGAACUAUUAUGUUCGGCGCCAUUUGCACCUGCACAUACUCACUUUCAUACUCACUACCCACCAUGAUUAAUCUCCUUGGCUAUAGCGCCGCCAAUGCGCAACUCCUCACCAUUCCCGUCUAUGCAUUUGGCUGCAUAAUUUGCGUCGCCAACUCUGUCCUCUCCGACCGCUAUCGACACCGCGCCGCCUUCAUCAUCGGCCCCAUGUUUAUGACAAUGGUGGGCCUCAUCAUCGGCAUGGCCGUCGAUCCCAACAAGCUCCCCGGCGUCAUAUACUUUGCCCUUUUCCUUGUCGCCGGCGGUAUCUUCUCCGGCAUCCCCACCACCGUGGCGUGGAUCUCCAACAAUCUGGCCGUACAUGACUGCCUAUGCGGUGCUGUUUUCGUUUAUUACCUGCUCCUUCUUGAGUGGAUGGGCGUUGUUGUUUAUGGUUCGCAGGUGGAAUGCGCAAAAGGCCGCGCAAGUUGA